GGCCCAGUCAGCAAGGCUUUGGCGACAGAUUCGGGCGCAGCCGCUGCCACCGCGAGAUCCGGAGGAGAAUUACGAGAUGUCCUCCCAGGGCGAGCUCGUGGACAUGGACUCGGAGGAAAUGGAGCUUCACCUGGAGCACUUGAGAGCAGGGAAGCGCAGCCCCAGGUGGUCCGAGAACUAUAAGGAGGUGGUGAGAAGCCAGGCAGAUUGGGAUCCCGACGAUGUCUUCGGCGUCCGGGUGCCUCCGGUCAACCUUGACGAGAUCUUGCCGGAUAAGCUGUACCUCGAGCAGAAGCUGAACCGCUCGUACAAAAAGCGUAGGGGGUCUUCUGGAAAAUGGGAUAAGGAUCGCCUCAAGGACGAGGACGUCACCCAAUACCGCAGCACCAUGGGUCACAGCAAGGCGUGGCUGCUCGAUGUAGAGGCUCUCUCCGCCGCAGCCCGUGCCCGUCAGGAAGGUGCCAUGCUGGUCCCAGAGAGCGGCUCCUCGAACGAAUAUCUGGCGGCAGGAGAAG